AUGGAUCUCGACCCAAAGAUUCCGCAGUACUCGACCGGCGACCCGACCUCCUUCGCCUACCCCACGGCCCGCGAACGCUGGCCCGUCAUUAUCACACAAGCCAUUGACGAUGCAUACCGAUCCGUGGCCGCUUGCGACGACGCGGCCAAGCGCGAUGAGGGCAAGAAGAUUGUGGAGGAGCUCGCCCGACUGAAAUACGAGGUGCAACACGACCGGGCCUUGACUCCGAUUCGAGACGAUGGAUACCCCGACGUCGCCGUCUAUAACAGGGAGCUCGAGCAGCUAGGCAAUCCCACCUGGCUCAAGGCCCCCUGGCUGUUCACCGAGUGCUAUCUCUUCCGCCGCAUCAGCACCUCCUUCGCCCUCUCCCAGUACUGGAAAAACUACGACGUCUUCGCCCGGCAAAAGAUCAAGACCUUCCGCUCCUCACGGCCCGCCGUGCUCGAACUGGCCGCGCGGUACAAGGAACUAGUCACGCAGAUACGAUCGACACAGGCGCAUGACACCGAAGCGGACAAGCUGCUCUUUGCCGAGAUGUUCGAAGUCUGCCUAUGGGGCAACGCGACCGACCUUUCGCUCCUAACGAGCCUGACGUACGACGACAUCCAGAAGCUGCAGGGGUCCGAGGCGCGCCGCGCCGCCGAGAAGAAUAUCCUCAUCAACGACCUCGACAAGGCCUACGCCCAUCUCAUUGCCGCCAAGAAAAAGGGACAAGACCGUCGCGUCGACAUCGUCCUGGACAACGCCGGCUUCGAGCUCUACGUUGACCUCAUUUUGGCAGGAUAUCUACUCUCCUCCGGCCUGGCCACGACCGUGGUCCUGCACCCCAAGUCGAUCCCCUGGUUCGUGUCGGACGUGCUACCGGCGGAUUUUGCCUCGCUCUUGAACGCGCUGGCGGAUCCCAGGGGGUUCUAUGAGACGCCGACCGAGGAGGAUCAGUUGCAGGGCGUGACGCCGGAGAAGCUGAGCGAGAAGGAGGUGGAGGAGUUGGGGUUUCUGUUCGCGGAAUGGAGUCGGUUCCAUGCUGAGGGUAUGCUGCUUCUCCGGCCGAACCGGGUGUGGACGGGUCCGGGGAGCUACUGGAGGCUGCCUGCGGAGGCGCCGGAGCUGGUGCAGGAUUUGAAAGGGAGUGAGAUGGUGGUUUUUAAGGGGGAUUUGAAUUAUAGGAAGCUGACUGGGGAUGCGAGCUGGGAUCCGACGACACCGUUUACUGAGGCGAUUGGGCCGCUUGGUCCGGGAUUCGGAAUCAAUGUUCUGGCGCUGAGGACGUGCAAGGCGGAUGUGGUGGUGGGGUUGAAGCCUGGGGAGGACGAGAGGUUGAGGCAAAUGGAAGGGGGAGGUGGCGAGUCAGGGGCUCGUAAGUGGGCGUGGAAUGGCAAGUGGGCUGUGGUGUCGUUCUCCAGGGGGGUAUAA